GUUCGGGUGGCAGAGUGCUUAGAGCUGCUCCGCAGUACAGAGGCCCUGCGGAGGCCCAGCGACUCCGCCCACAUGCUCCGAGCCAGGCCUAGGGAAGAGACCUUGGUGACCUUGCAUCCUCUGCAGAAUCCAAUGGCUGUGACCACUCACAGGAACCUGGCCCAGGGUUCCCUGACUUCAGAACCAGUUACAGAGCUUGGCCUGGAUGUUUCCUUUGAGGAUGUGGCCAUUCACUUCUCCCAGGAAGAGUGGGUGCUCCUUGAUAAGGCCCAGAGACUCCUGUACUGCAGUGUGAUGCUGGAAAACUUGGCACUUGUGGCAUUUCUGGGUUCCUGUUCUGGAAUGGGGGGUGAAGACGUAACUUGUGUGCAUAAUGUGCCUGCAGAAGGGGUGGUGUGUGAGACAAGGCCAUCUCCUGAGGAGAGUCAUCUUGAGAUACGUGCUUCAGCUUUAGAAGACGUUUUGCCUCAGACUGAGUUCCUGAGCACAUAUCCCGUGCAGACAUUGUGCUUGAGCAGAACAGGUUCCAGUUUUAAAGAAGAGAAUAACUGUCGCUGGAGGAGUUACAGUGGAGUAAAGUCCUAUGAAGGGGAUCCUCACAGGACUUCCACUGUGCCAAGCUGCAGAUCCCAUGUGUUGACCAGGCCAUUCAUCUGUGGGAAGGAUGGGGAGGAGGCCGUCUCCUCCACAGGCUGUGGUCAACAGCAGGCUGCUUGCAGUAGUGAACAGCCCUCCACAGCCUGUCUUCAGCAGCAGGCCACUUGUAGAAGCGAACAGCUUUACAGCAGUGGUGAGUAUGGGGAAGUGCUUUUGAAUGGAGAGAGGCAUUGUAAGGAUGGUGAAUGCCAAAAAGGUUCAAGCUGCAAACAUGUCCCUGCUCAGUGUCCCAGUACCUCCUCUGAGAAAAGGCCGGCUGAGAAUAGCAAGUAUGAGAAAGCCUUCUCCUGCAAUUACAAACGUGCUCAGCACCAGGACAGUCACUCCGGACAGAGGACCCAUGAGCACUGUCAACAUAAGAAGUCCUUCAGCAAAAAGUGCCGUCUCAAUACACUAGACAGAAUUCAUCCUCAAGAAAGGCCCUAUAAAUGUACUGAAUGUGGAAAAGCCUUUAUCUAUAAAUCUGAACUCAUUUACCAUCACAGACAUCACACUGGUAGAGUACAUUAUGAGUGUGUGGAAUGUAGAAAAUCCUUCAUGUACAAAUCCAAUCUCACCGAACACCAGAGAAUCCACACUGGAGAAAGGCCUUAUCAAUGCGAACAAAGUGGAAAAUCCUUCAGACAAAACUCUAGCCUCUUUAGACACCACAGAAUUCAUACUGGAGAAAGGCCGUACGAGUGCUAUGAAUGUGGGAAAUCCUUUAGACAGAUCUUUAAUCUCAUCAGACACAGGCAAGUCCACACUGGAGAAAUGCCUCACCAAUGUGGUAAUUAUGGGAAAGCCUUUAGCUGCAAAACUGAACUCACUCAACACGAGCGAAUUCACAGUGGAGAAAAGCCGUAUGAGUGUAGUGAUUGUGGAAAAUACUUCAGGCAGUUCUCCAACCUCAUUCGACACCGGAGAGUGCACACUGGUGACAGGCCUUAUAAGUGCAGUGAAUGUGAGAAAUCCUUCAGUCGCAAAUUCAUCUUCAUCCAGCACCAAAGAGUUCACACUGGAGAAAGGCCUCACAAAUGUGGGGAAUGUGACGCAUCCUUCACCCGAAAAUCUGACCUCUUCCAGCACCAGAGAAUCCACAGUGGCAUGCGACCUUAUGAGUGUGAAGAAUGUGGGAAGUCAUUCAGACAAUGUUCUAGCCUCAUCCAGCACCGGAGAGUUCAUACCGGAGAGAAGCCUUAUGAGUGUGUCGAAUGUGGGAAAGCCUUUAGUCAGAGUGCUAGCCUCAUUCAACACCAGAGACUGCACACUGGAGCAAAACCUUAUGAGUGUAGUGAAUGUGCGAAGUCCUUUAGCCAGAGUGCUAGCCUGAUUCAACACCAGAGAAGCCACAGUGGAGAAAAGCCUUAUGAAUGUAGUGAAUGUGGCAAACCUUUCACCCAUAAGUCUGACCUGAUUCAGCACCAAAGGGUUCAUACUGGAGAAAGACCUUAUGAGUGCUAUGACUGUGAGAAAUCCUUUAGCCGUAGAUCGAAUCUUGUCAGACACCAGUGAGUUCACACCUAAGAAGACUCUUUAUCAUGUACGAAUUGUGCUGCUAAGGGUGUUCUUUAUUGUGUCUAGGGGAGGCGUACACAGGUGGAAAGUGCA